CAUAUCACUGUUCUGUUCCUGUUGUUCAUGUUUGCAUUACGUAAUCAUAGCUCACUGCUGACAAUGUCAAAAUAGAAUCUAAGUCGGCAAAAUUCCUGCACUCUGUACAAAGAUAGUUCAGACAAAAAUCAACUGUUUCCUGAUAUCUAAUUAAGAAUCAGUAAUCACAAUCCAUAUUAUUCAUGCAUAUUUAUAGCUUCUUUACUUCUAGCUUUUGGCAAUCUUGCUAUUGUCGAAUUUUCUGCAACAGGGGCUUAAAAUUCCAGCUACCAAUGGAUAAAGCUGAACUUAUUGAAGGGAAGGUGGAUUGGAGAGGAAAAACAGCACAGAAAGAUAAACAUGGUGGAUCUCGUGCUUCUUUACUCAUUUUAGGGGCGUUUACUUUCGAGAACAUGGCAACGAUGGCUUUGGCAGUUAAUCUAGUGACAUACUUUACUGAGGUGAUGCACUUCAACAUAGCCGAUGCAGCGAACCAAUUGACAAAUUACAUGGGCACUAGCUACAUUCUUACCAUCCUCAUGGCCUUCUUAGCAGACACUUACAUUGGCAGAUUCAAAACAGUUCUUGUUGCAACAUGCAUCGAGGCUUUAGGGCUUGGAUUGCUAGCAUUGCAAGCUCACUAUCGUCAUCUCAAGCCCCCCCUCUGCAACAUCUAUGAUCCAAACUCCAAAUGUAUUCAACUUGGCGGAGCAAAUGCUGCACUGCUUUUUGUGGCUCUCUACUUGGUGGCCCUGGGCUCCGGAGGCGUUAAAUCUGCUUUGCCCUCUCAUGGUGCUGAUCAGUUUGAUGAUAAGGAUCCAGAAGAGACAAAACAAAAGUCAAGUUUCUUUAAUUGGCUUCUUCUGGCAGUAUGCAUCGGAGGUGCAAUUAGUUUGACCUUUUUUGUCUGGAUCCAGGAUCAUAAAGGUUGGGAUUGGGGUUUUGCUGUUAGCACCGUUGCGAUGUUCUUUGGGAUAGUAAUCUUUGCUGUUGGAUUACAGCAGUAUAGAUACCAUGUUAUUAACGGGAGUAGUGCCCUCACUGAAAUUCUACAGGUUUAUGUUGCAGCCAUCCGCAACAGAAAGCUUCGACUGCCCCAGGACUCUAAUGAACUCUAUGAGAUUAACCGAGACUCGGAAGCUGCAAACCAAGCCGAAUUUCUAUCUCACUCUAGUGCUUUCAGGUUCUUGGACAAAGCAGCCAUCCAGACAUCUUUAGCACCUGACACGCCAAGGCCAAGUCCAUGGAAACUCUGCAGAAUCACACAAGUGGAAAAUGCUAAAAUCUUACUAAACAUGGUUCCAAUCUUUUGCUGCACUAUAAUCAUGACUCUUUGCUUGGCUCAGCUGCAAACCUUCUCAAUCCAGCAGGGCGUCACCAUGGACACGAGCAUCACCAAGCAUUUCAAGAUACCACCUGCAUCUCUCCCCAUCAUUCCUGUCGCGUUUCUGGUCAUCAUCGUCCCAGUAUACGACAGAGUUUUCGUUCCAUUAGCUCGAAAUUCACAGGCAAUCUCAACCGGCAUAACACACCUGCAACGAGUUGGAGUCGGGCUCAUCCUCUCAUGUCUGUCCAUGGCAGUGGCAGCAAUCGUGGAACAUAAGCGAAAACAGGUUGCAAAAGACCACAACAUGCUGGAUGCAAUCCCAUUGUUGCAGCCACCAAUCCCCAUUAGCGUGUUUUGGCUUUCGUUUCAGUACUUCAUAUUCGGGAUAGCUGACAUGUUCACUUAUGUCGGGCUGCUAGAAUUUUUCUAUUCCCAAGUGCCGAAUGAUCUUAAGUCAAUCUCCAGCUGUUUCCUUUGGACCUCAAUGGCUCUUGGUUACUUCCUCAGCACCAUUAUUGUGAAGAUAGUGAACAGCGCAACAAAGGAUAUUACCAGGAGCGGAGGCUGGCUGGCUGGAAAUAAGAUCAACAGGGGGCAUUUGAAUCUCUUCUAUUGGCUGCUUUCCAUAUUGAGCCUGCUCAACUUCUGUAUCUAUCUGUUCGUUUCAACGAGGUACAAGUACAGGCAAGAGGGCCCUGAAAUUACAAGUGAGAGUAGAGUGCAUGACCUACAGAAUGUAGAGCCAUAGCAUUCUUUAUCUUUGAGGUAAUGUUUUGAGCAAAAUUCAAGAUGGGAAGUAGAUCAGAGCGAGUUCUUGGACAAAACCUAAAGAAAGUCUGCCUGUACUGUAGUAUUAAUUACUGUAUUAGUACACUCCAUGACAAAAGGUGUUAAUACUGCUGUAAUUUUAGAAUUCGUUUUGAU